AUGUCAUCCCGCAAAGUCCGAGUCAAGAAGUUGACGGUCAAAACCACUCUUCCCGUGCUCAGAGAGGAUCAGAUCGAUGCUACCGAGUAUGAAUCACUCCUUACCGAGUCGCAAAUCGCGACUGGAGUCGACCAGACUGAGGAAAAUGAAUACCAUCUUCAAUCCAUUCUAAAAGAGGCGGGCACAAGCAAUGAUCAAGAAAUUCCUGUGCCUCCACCGCAAGAAAGCGACAUCAGCUAUGAUGGCCUCUAUCCCGCAUCAUUUCACAAACCUUCCUCUUAUAUCCGAUUUUCUCAGACAGUGGAGGAAUGCAUUAGCUGUCAAUAUGACAUGACAGCUGAUGACAAUGAAUUUCUCAAAUCAUAUAAUAGUAGUCCUCCCGCCGCUGGGUUGCUCAGCGAGGAUGACUUCGAACGCAUCAUGGAGGUGUUUGAAGACACCGCAACGGAGCAAACGCCAUUUGCAUCAGUCGACAAUACUGUUGUCAGCUAUGAUAUGAUGGUGCCCGGUCUCAAUCAGCUUGGUUCUGCAUCCAUAUUGCAGCACGCCAAGCAGAUAUAUGAGUACUGGAAGUCCAAGCGGCAGGAGGAAGGAAACAAACCACUGCAUCCAACCAUCAAGUUUGAAACACAUCAAGAGACUGAUGACACCGACCCAUACGUCUGCUUCAGACGGCGGGAGGUCAGGCAGACAAGGAAAACAAGGUCCAGGGACACCAAGAUCGCCGAGACGCUCAAGCGUUUCCGUCGCGAGCUCGAGGAUGGCCGCCAGCUUAUACUGUUCGCAUACGAGCGAGAGAUGAUGAAACGAGAUUUGUUGCAAAUGGAUCGGGCUAUUUUCGAAGAAAGGGCUCGACUAAAGCAGAUCAAGACAAAACUAGGCAUCAAGGGCGACGACGAAGACCUAGUCAACCAAAAGUCUCAGAAGCGAAAGCCUGUAGAAGCUGCCGGAGCCCAGCGACCUGCGACACAGGUCCGGGUGCCGGUACGGCCCGAUGGACGCGCCCACGAACAGGAUCUUGUGCUGCUUUCUGACCAGCUUGCUGAGAAGGAAAAUGAGCUCCGUAAUGAGAUUGAGACUAAGGUGCAGAAUCAUCGGAGGUGGAACCAGAAUCAUAUUGAUCUCACUCGAGAUCCCCUUUCGCCGGUAAAGGCAUUGGGUAUGGAGCUCAAGUUCAGACCGGCAAAGACGCAAUACUUAAUGACGCCGCCGGCGUCAACGUCUUCGGAGUCAAUGGAUGUCGACGACGUACCUGAGCCUAUGCAACUGGACAAGCUAGAGCUGCCAGUAUUCCAGUUUCGUGGUUCAGACGUUGACGAGACACCACAAACUAACCAGCCGGCGUUCCGACGCCGUAUCGGCCGACUCCAACGGCUCUGGAUCGAUCGAAGAGGUCUUUCGACUCCUUCUCGGGCAGACGCGUACGAGUACUCGGACCGGUGGAAGUAUGACUCUGACGAUGAGGACGAUGAACCUCCCGUAUAUGAGGUUGAUCCCUUUGACACAAGAGCGCUGAAGUUUAGGGCUACCAUCCCUCUCAGCCCAUAUAUCUUCCGGGCGAGGCCAACGGCCCCUCCAGAAGCGGUAAACGGCGUAGCAAAUGGAAACCGGGUGCUACCGCCGCCGCCGCAACCGCAACAGCAGCCACAAGCACCGCAUCCUCCUGCAGUCCAACAGGCGCAGGCGGCAUCAUAA